GAGCUGAUCUGCAAAUCACUGAGUUCACCUGGACGCGGUUCAUGAGUGAUGAUGGAGUUUGUGUUGAGUAUGAAGGUCGUUCAUGUCAUGGUUCUAAUGAUGAGUCUUCAUCACUUCGGGCUGGUUCCCGCUCAGGAGUGUCCGUCCACCCACGAUCUACUGAACUCACUGCGGCAGGUGGAGAAGAUGUUAGCACUACAUGAGACAUCGUACCAGCAAGGCCUGCGUUCCCUCAGGAAGAAGAUAAACACCCUGCACAACAGCACCAUGGCCUUCUUUAAAAUGGCGUCCUGCCCUAAGCCUGACCCCCCGGCCAACGGACGCAGACUGGGCAGAGUGUUUGCUAUGGGACAUGAGGUCCACUUCCUCUGUAAGCCCGGCUAUGAGCUGAUAGGCCCACGAACCCGCGUGUGUCUGGAGUCUCUGAAGUGGAGUGGACAACAGCCCAUGUGCAGAAGACUAAACAGCACUGCCAACUCCUUGGCUUCCUUCUCUUCAGCUGCGUCCUCCUUCGCUGCCUUAUCUGCCUCCUCCACAGCAGCCUCGUCUUCUUCGGCUUCAUCCCCAACACCGUCCUCGCCCUCCUCCUCUGUCAGGCCUUCUAACUGCACACAUUUCCUGGGCUCGACUCACUGCACGUGUGAUGUUGGUUUCACCAUAUCAGGCCGAGACAACAACAUCUGCACAGAUAUCGACGAGUGUCAUCUCUUCCCCCUGGCGCAACCUGGCCGCCUCUGCAUCCAUCAGUGUGUGAACACACCCGGAAGCUUCCAUUGCGUUUGCCCGCCCGGCUACAGCCUGUCCAGAGACGGUCGCAGCUGCACAGACAUUGACGAGUGUGAAAACCUUUCACACAACUGCACAGCAGACCGGCUGUGUGUGAACACGUUUGGUGGUUUCCAGUGCGUGGCAGUGAAGUGCCCCAAGACAAAAAACGCCACAUACAUCAAGACGUCUCCCAUGCGCUGUGAGAGGAAUCCGUGCAUGUCGGGGGACAAAGCGUGCGCUCAAGCUCCAAACUCCAUCUCCUUCCACUUUCUGGCUGUGGUGUCCAACAUGUCUGCCCCUCGCGUCCUCUUCCGGGUGUCUGCAGCCCGGGUGCUGGGAGACACGCUGCGGUUCGGCCUGGCUGGCGGCCGUGGUCGCGGUCACUUCAGCGUGCAGCGCUCGGGUCGGCAGACCGGGACUCUUCUCCUGGUCACGUCCGUUAACGGGCCGGCCACGCUGGAGGCCGAGGUGGAGAUGAGUGAGCUGGAGAACAACACCCUGCUGGGCCGCUACCUCACCAAGGUCACCCUGUUUGUGUCCCCGUACAUGUUCUAGCGGGGAGGACGAGCAAGAGUUUAGUGUGAUACUGAGACCUGAAUUUUCAGAGACAUCAUCUUUUGUUUGUUUGUCAAUGAAGCAGUUAGAAAAGUUGUAGCGUUUGCUCCUCUGGUGACCUCUCAGCACUUUUUUUUACUUGUUAUUAUUAUCUGUGUUUGUUGACUCAGCAUGACCACUUAGCUAUGAACAUGAGUAAUGUAUAGUCGUUCAUUCUACAAAUAGACUUAGUGAACCUUUUCUACAGCUUUAAACACGCUCUCAUUUAAAGAGGGACAAUAUUUGUUUCUUUCUUCGCACAGACUAAUAUUGCUCCAGAUGUUUCCAGGUAAAUCCUGGUGAAAAUGUUUGGAACAGUCUCAAUUGUUCUGAAGGAUCUUCCUUGGUCUAACCCACCAUAAUAAAAUAAAUGGGUCAUUAAUGUGGCCUCUGCAAAACGUAAUGGGCUGGUGAGGAAGUAACUCAGCUACACCGUUUGGAUCAGCUGUAUCAGUGCAGGACCGAUGCAAAGACAUUCAGUUUUCACCAAGCCUUAAGAAGUGGUUUCAGAAGCCAUUAGGUUAAAAACAUGCAACUUCAUCAGCUCACACAUCAACUACCACAAAGUGGUUAUUUUAUUAGGUCACUUAAGCUACAAUUAAUAAUUAACUCAAGGCUUAUUUAUGAAGUUUUGUGUUGGUUUCUUUUGAAAAUGGUUCUGAAAUCUAACAUGAAUAGAAACGACUGAAACAGAAUGCAAGGCUGCGGACUCCCUUCCUCUGGUUCCGCCUGCAGCUCCUCAACAAACUAAGACAAAAUAGAAAGAGACCAAGUGUGCAGUAAGAGUAAUUCAUAUUUCAAAUGACAAAAAAAACUGCCUGAUGGAUAAUAUGAGCUAACAUUCAGCAAAACCCAGUAAGCAUUUAGAAAUGUGCAUGUUCUUGUGAAGUGCUGAUGUAUUGAAAGCUUGUUCAAUUCAAGUUGGUCCUCCAAACAGAAUCUAUAUAUAAAUAUAUAUAAAUCAUCCUGGUCAAAGGAAAGAUUCUGUUCCUACUAGUGUGAAUUUAUUUUCUUUCAUUUUAUGUGACUUUGUAACAUUGUGGAUUUGUGUUUUUGUGUUCAUUGGCCUGUAACUGAUGCAGCAUAUAAAGGAAGACAGUAACCAUGUUUAUGCUCCUUCUCUACUUAUAGAGGUUUAUCUUCCGACAUGGUCACAGUUUCCCAGUUGAAAUAUAAAGUGGACAAAAAAAAGUAAAUAAAAGACUCUUUUCAAACGU